AUGCCUAUGCCUGACCCCUUCUGGCCGGGAUACUGGGACGAAGAGUUCCCCGACGACAGAGAGUUCGCGAUCGAAUACUCAUUCAACGAGGUCAACGACGCGGAGGUGAAGCUUAACAUGAGGCAUCGACUGCAUCCCGAUGACUACCACCCGGAUGCUGUGCUGGUGGACGUGCCUCGCGGGGCUGAGAUCGACGAGCUAGAGCUGGUUUCGGAGAUGGGAUAUGAGGCCAGGCUCGUCGCCAAGAAAAAGGGGGCCGUGCUCCAGAACCCCUUCCUGGCGAUGGUGUACUAUGAGGCUGGCGGCCAGGCGGCGUACAGGGUCUGGGUUGACGUCUUGUCGCCCGGGGCUGGCGUGAAACCGCAGGCUCGUUGUGUGUUUCGCCCGAUGGAGAUGGGGGAGGACGAGCUGCGAGAGAUGGUGCUGGCGGACCGGGAGCAAAGUGGGGAAAACGUGCAGCAUCCUCAAGACAUCCACAGAGCCGAACUAGCGAGAGUCUCUGGGCUGGUCGGCGGCGAGUCGACCGUUUCUAGUAUCAGGAACAAUAGUAUUGUUUAA